AUGGUCCGAUCUAGCUACCUUCCCACAGGUGUGUCCUACUGCUUCGUCCGCGUGCCCCGCUCCAAAGCCAGCGACAAUAGGUUGAAUCGGAAGACGCCCGGUGGAAGCUGGGUCGCCAACGGGAAGCCCUGCGACAUACCGCUUCGAUAUAGGGGGUCGGUGAUCGCCGGGAUUCGGAGGAGUCUCAAAUUCUUCAAGGACAGCGAUGAUCUGAGAAAGAAGAACAAGAAGGACAGCAGCCUCGGUCUGAAGUGGAUAAUGCAUGAGUACAGCCUCGACCCCAGCUUGUACGAGACGAUCCCCUCCUACGCGACCGAGGAGAUAAUCCUGUGCCGGAUCACAGACAUGUUAGCAUAA